AUGGAUAAUGUUUUGGUUUUGAAAGAUUAUAAAACUGUUCCCGAUAUAGUUCAUGAAUAUGAGCCUACGCUAAAAUUUGGUCAUAUACCUCUCGUUAUAGAUAAUGGUUCCUAUCAAUGUAGAGUAGGAUGGUCAAUAAAUGAUGAACCACAUUUAAUAUUCAAAAAUCUUAUUGCUAGACCUCGUAAGGAUCGAUGCAAAAAAGAUGCUGAACCACCAGUUACUCCACCAAUACAAAUAGGAAAUGAUAUUAUCAAUAUAGAAGCAGUGCGAUUUCAGUUGAAAACACAGUUUGACAAAAAUGUUGUGACUCACUUUGAGGUGCAGGAACUGGUAUGUGAUUAUAUAUUUUCACAUUUAGGAUUGGAUAGUGAUGGCUGUGUACCACAUCCCAUUGUUAUGACAGAAGCUUUUGUGACGCCUAACUAUUCUAGACAGUUAAUGUCGGAACUUCUGUUUGAGGGAUAUGGUGUACCAGCUCUUAGUUAUGGAAUAGAUUCCAUCUUUAGUUUUUAUAAAAAUAACAUUGGUGAUAGUGGUCUUAUUGUGAAUUGUGGAUACCACACCAUACAUAUUAUACCUGUAAUAAGAGGGAAGGUUAUAGCUGAGCAUGCUAGAAGGAUCAACUUAGGCGGAAGUGAAAUCAUUUCCUAUUUACAUAAGUUAUUGCAGCUCAAGUACCCCGUUCAUGUAAAUGCAAUAACAAUGUCUCGUAUUGAGGAGAUUUUGCAUGAACACUGUUCUAUUGCUUUGGAUUACCAAGAUGAGAUCAAGAAGUGGGCAAACCCUGAUUACUAUGACAUGUAUGUGAAAAAAAUACAGCUGCCCUAUGUUCAAAAUACUAGCUCUUCGACACUUACAGCUGAACAACAAAAAGAACGGAAAAAGGAAAUGGCGCGUCGCCUUUUAGAGAUUAACGCUAGGAAAAGAGAGGAAAGACUUGCAGAAGACGAGGAACAGCUGCAACAAUUACUUGCUAUACAAGACUUAAUUGAAGAGGGUGAUACCGAUGAAUUCGAAGAAGCUAUAAAAACAUUUGAUAUAAAGAGCUAUGCUGAUCUUCAGCGUCAAAUAGCAAUCGUCCAAGGGCGUAUAGACAAGAACAAGCAGCGCAUAGCGGCGGCCGCAAACCCUGAAGAAGUGGAGGUCCGUCCAUCAGGUCGUAUGCAGCCUCCACAAGACCCUGAGGCUUUUCAGACCUGGUUGGCAGAAACCAGGGCAAAGUACAGCGAAAUAGUGUCCCGCAGAGAGGCACGUCGCGCUCGUCGAGCAGCCAUGGUGCGCAGGCGCACGGCAGCUGCGGCUGAGAGGAUGAGGGUCAUCUCCCGAUUGGCUGCAGCUGGAGACGAAUUUGGGAACCAGGACUCGGAUUGGGAUGUCUAUAAGAGCAUUAGUCGAGAGGCAGACUCUGAUUCAGACGCGGACGGUGAGAGGCUUCUCGAACUGGAAGAGGCUUUGAGGGAGCACGAACCUGCUCCAUCAUCGAGCCUUCAUCAUCAGCUGCAUCUCGCCAUAGAGCCGUACAGGGCGCCUGAAUUGAUGUUCCAGCCAUCAAUGAUGGGGAAUCCAGAAGCUGGCUUGGCUGAAUCAAUGGAGUAUGUAUUUAAACACUUCAGUGCCGAAGAUCAACUUUUGCUGGCGAAUAAUGUCUUCUUGACUGGUGGAUGCUCGCAGUUUCCUGGCCUCAAGGAGCGUUUAGAAAAGGAGUUGCUAGAAAUGCGUCCGUUCCAAUCGACUCACAAAGUGGUAAUGGCGGGUGAUCCCAGCCUCGACGCCUGGUAUGGGGCACGAGACUUCGCUGGGAGUAAUGACUUCGAAUCCUGUUGUAUCACUAAAGAAGAUUAUUAUGAAAUGGGAGGCGAAUAUUUGAAGGAGCAUCACGCGAGUAAUAGAUAUUAUAGGAGCCCUCCGCCUAUAGUCGAUAACACGUUGGCUCCAGCGGGCGAUGCCAACGUUGUUAAAGAAGAGAUUGUAGUUGACUGCUAA